UUCGUGGCCAUUUUGGAAUGGGUAUAUUUGCUUACCUCUUAACUCACAACUAAGGCUUUCCGUCAUCGUACUUGCAGCUGUAAACAGCUGGAUAACACCAUAAACCGCGUAGAACAGGCGACCUCUAAGAAUCUUCUGGGUUUUGGUUUUCGCUGAAAAUUCCAUCGUGUACAGUUAGUAUAUAUAUGGUCUUUCCCUCCAUUGUCUCUCAACAUUCUACUCUAUUUUAAUGCAACACAACUAUAUCCAUUUAGACAAACUCAACAAUCGUUCAUAAUAAUCAUGGCUCUCUUCUUCUUCUGUUUAAUCUUCACCCAUCUUGUGUUUCUGGAGCACGUCUCUGCAAAUUUUUACAGCGAUUUCGACAUCACGUGGGGGAAUGAUCAUGCUAAGAUACUUGACAACGGCCAGGGAUUGCAGCUCACUCUCGACAAGUCCUCAGGUUCGGGGUUCCAGUCGAAGAAUGAAUACCUGUUUGCCAAAAUUGAUAUGCAAAUUAAGUUGGUGCCCGGUAAUUCGGCAGGAACUGUUACUGCUUACUAUCUGUCGUCUCAAGGAGAUAAGCACGACGAAAUAGACUUUGAGUUUCUGGGAAACUUGUCUGGAGAUCCUUAUAUUAUGCACACAAAUGUUUUCUCUCAAGGAAAAGGCAACCGGGAGCAGCAAUUCUACCUCUGGUUCGAUCCCACUGCAGACUUCCACAAUUACUCUGUCCUCUGGAAUCCCCAACAAAUUCUGUUUUUAGUGGAUGGAACUCCGGUGAGAGUAUUUAAGAACAAUGAGGUUGUGGGCGUGGCAUAUCCAAAAAAUCAAGCGAUGCGAAUAUAUUCGAGUCUGUGGAACGCAGACGACUGGGCAACCAGAGGUGGGCUUGUGAAGAUCGACUGGAGCAAAGCUCCUUUCGUUGCCUCUUACAGAAAUUUUAAUGGACAGGUGUGCAGUGCUUCCUCUAACUGCUCUGCAAAUUCAUGGUAUAGUAAAGAAGCACUGGAUUCGAGCGAGCAGCAGAAGCUUCAAUGGGUGCGCAAGAAUUAUAUGAUUUAUGAUUACUGUUCGGAUGCUAAACGUUUUCCACAGGGCUUUCCAACUGAAUGCACACGUUAGCCAUUCAAUUGAUCCAUUUGACUUAUUAGGACAGAAUAAAUUCUCUGCUUGUUAUUCUUAAAUAGUUUGUUUAUACUAUUCAAUCAAUUGGAAAGAGUGGAAUGGAUCACCUUUACUGAUUAUACCGGAAUAAAUUCUCCACUGUAAUUCAUAAAUAGUUUAUUUAUCAUUUUCAUUAGAUUGGAAAGGGUGGAAUAGAUCCACUUGGCUCAACAGAACGAAAUAAAUUCCCCACUUGUCACUCAUAAAUUGUUUAUUUAUAAUAUUCUUCAUUUAUUUAA